AGCGUUAAUGGUCAGUACACAAAGCAAGGCAAGCUGGGAGCUGCCGUGCUCGGCAGCCACUCUACUAAAGAGUACAAACUGCUUUUGUACCUGAGCCAACAGAAACAAGUGACUGCAGCCAAGAUUCACGUGGGCUUUGUUUUCACGGUACAGCCAAACAAUUACUGCACUUUUUACGAUGACCAGAGGCAGAACUGGUCCCUGAUGUUUGACUCUGAGAAAAGUGCUUCGGACUUCUGCAAAGACGUGUGUUUGGCCAAAGCAAACAGCACAUCCUCCUUAGAUUCUGCGCUGAUUCAGGACCUGAGUCUCGGUGAGGGCCCAGCAGUGGACAGUGGAGACUCUCUGGAGGUGGUGUACACAGGCUGGCUCCUGCAGAACCACACCAUUGGACAGGUUUUUGAUUCCAACCAGAACAAAGACAAGUUUCUACGACUUAAAAUCGGGGCUGGAAAAGUGAUAAAAGUAUGGGAGGAGGGGAUGGUGGGAAUGAAGAAGGCAGGUCGUCGUCUCAUCGUCAUCCCCCCCAGUCUCGCCUAUGGGUCCAAGGAAGUCCCUAACCGAGUCCCAGCUAACAGCACUCUCAUAUUUGAAGUGGAGCUCAGACGGAUAAAGUUUUCCAAAGACAGCAGUUCUGAUCAGACCAGUACCAGCUCCAGAGACUCUGCUGCCCCCUCCCCUUCUCCGUCUCCUUCCACCAGUGUGGAAAACAUGGUCACAGAGCCUCCAGUACCAGUAGCUUCAUCGGGUCCUGGCAGACCAGGGGAGCCACCGCUGCGGGCCAAGUCCAACUCUCUGAGUGAACAGUUGGUGAAUCCAGAUGCCACUAAAGCCAAGCUAAUCUCUCGCAUGGCAAAGAUGGGUCAGCCGAUGCUGCCUUUUCUGACCGGAGCUGCCAGUCAGCCUGAAUCCAGUGACUCGGAGCUGGAGGACACCAGUGGCAGUAGAAGUAAGGACGGUCCUGCAGGUCCAUCUCCAGUGCUGUUCACUGCUGCUCCAGUUUCUGCACACAUACAUUCUCAUCCGCGCACUACUCCAACAUCUGCCUUACUUCCUGUAAUGACCUCUGUGGGCCCCCAGUCUGGGCUGCCAGGCAGCAGCCAUGCCUUUCAGACCCCUGCAGCUCCUCCAGUGCAGUCUGUUGGCCAGGUCUACCCUGCACAGGCGGUCCCGUACAUGGGGUCUGGAGACGUGACUUCUUUCUUGAUGACUGAAGCUCGGCAACACAAUACUGAGAUUCGAUUAGCUGUGGGAAAAGUAGCAGAUAAAUUGGACCAACUUGCCUUAAAGAUCGAUGAUCAUCAAAGACAAGGAUGUCAUCCCAUGAGUGUAUCCACCAUGACCAUGGAAACUUCCAUGAUCAUGCACAACAUUCAGAGGAUUGUCCAGGUACACACAGAGUUCAAAUAA